CGGCGUCCAUUUCCCAUGGCACGUAUCAUGGCCCCGAGCCUCGACCCUGUGAUAAGAUAACGGCUAAGGGUAUGGGAAGUGUGAAUAGCCUUUUCAUCGGAGUCUCUACGAAGAGGACAUGCUGAAUCUGAUGAAGAGGGACGCGAUUCGCGUUCACGUCCAGAAGUGUGGGGGACGGGAUCCGCCGGAAUUCAGAAAAUUCAGUGUGGAUCCUCAACUCACUUCUCUUGACGUCCUUCACGACAUUCUCAUCCGGGCAUUCGAAAUCGACGGAGAAUGCAUCCUGAGCUAUCUGAUGACCGACGAUUGUGGAGAGCAAUCCUAUCUUCCUUUGAUCUCUGAUUGGGAUCUCGAAGCCGCCUUUCUCAGUGCAUCAGAUCCAUGCCUCCAGCUUUUGCUGACUGUGAGACAGGAAGAGUGGGAUUUGGUGAAAUCAUCUGAAAUCACACCUCAGAGUGGUUCCAAUGUAAUUCCUUGGCAGAACAAUCCCAAUUCCAACUCUGGGAUUCCUUCCACUUCACAUGUGUCCAAUAAUAAAGAACGCCAGAAGAAUGCUCUUGCACCACGUCUCCCAGGCAUUAUUCGCAAUCAGGUGGAGAAAACAUACAAUAAUAUCAAGCAAGGCUUAAAAUCCCUGAGCCUGAUGGACAUGGAGAAUAUGCCCCCAGGGUAUGUGCUAAUCAAGGAGCCUCUCAACGACCAGGAAUUCCAUUCCUUCCUUGACAAUGUUGGAAGGCUGGUCCUGCCUCGAGAACUCCGAGAGGCUGUAUUUCAGGGUGGGGUCCAGCCAAGUCUGCGACGUGUCGUCUGGAAGCAUCUUCUCAACGUCUAUCCCCCGGGGAUGACAGGAGAAGAUCGCUACAAGUACAUAAAAGACAAGGCAGGAGAAUACGAAGAGUUGCGAGGGGCGUGGCAGUCUCUGAGGGCUUCUCUAGGGAAGGGUGGGGAGGAUUUGAUGUUGAUCUGCAGCCAAGUGAGGAAGGAUGUCCUCCGCACUGAUCGAUCCCAUCCCUUCUUCUCUGGAGAAGAUGAUAAUCACAACAUCACUGCCCUCUUCAAUAUCCUCACUACGUAUGCGUUGAAUCAUCCGUCAGUGGGUUAUUGCCAGGGAAUGUCAGACCUGGCAUCUCCCCUCCUGGUCACAAUGAAGGAGGAGGCCCAUGCAUACAUCUGCUUCUGUGCCCUCAUGCAACGCCUCAAGCCUUUCUUCACCCCAGAUGGAGAGGCCAUGACCAGGGCCUUCCAGCACCUCUCAGAGGCCCUUCUCUUCUAUGAUCCCAAUUUCUUUCAAUAUCUGAAAGAACAAGAGGCAGACGAUCUUUUGUUCUGUUACCGGUGGCUCCUCUUGGAGCUGAAGAGGGAGUUCGCGUUCGAGGAUGCAUUGAGGAUGCUGGAGGUGCUGUGGAGCUCCCUCCCGCCGGAUCCGCCGGCAGACCCGGGAGGUCUCACGCUGUACGAGAAGCGCUUCCCGUCGGAAUGCCCCGUGCCCAACGUGAGGGAGAGCCCGUACUCGAAGGUGAGGGCGUUGCGUCGGCAGUGCUCGGCGCCGAGGGCGGCAAGGCGCAAGUACAACAGCCUGGACUCGUCGAGCGCGGAGAUCCUGACGACGGGAGACUUCGAGUGCGGGGGGACGGCGGUGCCAGGGGCGGAUAGGAGACGCGCGGAAAGGGGGAAAAUCUCGGCGAGCCUGGACGAGUCGAGUCUGGAGAUCAUCAGCUCGGGGGAGGUGGAUCGAGUGGAGUCGUACUCGCCAUACGAGAUCAUUUCCAUUCCGAGUCCGGGGACAACCGAUUCCGAGGCGGAGCGGCGCGACGACUGCGACGAGAGGUGUCGCAGGAAGGUGCGGGAUCUGAAGGAGUUCAAUAAUCUCCUGCAUCGUUCCGCCUCGAAGCCGGACGAGAGCGAGAGCAGCGGGAGUUGGGGGAACGGGUCAGGGCCGUUCGUGCCUCGGACGCAGGACUCCGAGGGGGGUUGGGGUCCGUGGCAGAGGGGGGAGUCGUGCGAGUCUGGGGAUUCCGAGUCGAGGAAUCUCACGUCAUCGGGGAAGAGCAGCGGGGGGUCGUCGACGCUCUGGACGUCCACGUCGUCGCCACGAUGCGGUGGACGGGGGAGGUCCGAUUCGGGGGUGUCGGAGGAUCCACUGGGAACCAACUCCUGCGAGGAGGUCACGGAGAGCACCAAGCUCCUCUCGAACGAGGGCGGGGGGAAUCUUCAGCCGGGGAAUCUCCAUUCCGUGGAUUCCGAGACGCAUGCGCCGGGUCUCCCGCCUCCGGAGAAGUUCGGGAACGGGAACCCGUUCCUCAUGUUCCUUUGUCUCACGCUCCUGAGACACCACAGGAACUUCGUGAUGGACCGUCGACUGGAUUACAACGACCUGGCGAUGCACUUCGACAAGAUGGUGCGGCGGCACAACGUGAACCGGGUGCUCUGGGACGCGAGGCUCAUGUUCAGUGCAUAUCUCAAGCAGACCGGCAGGGCCAAGACGGCGUGA